GCGCCGCCGCCGGGUCUCCGCCUGCCUGCGCGCUCUCAUCCCCGCCUGGUGUAACCGCCGUUUCCCGCCAUGGAUGAAGCGGAGGACGCGGACGAGGACCGAGGACGCGAGCGGAAAGCAAGGCUGGACCAGACAGGAUUGAAUGACCCCUGUAGGACGAGUCGUUUAACACCAGGAGGGGGAGCAACACCCAGCCAGUCCUCCUCCUCCAGCGCAUCCACUGAGCUCCGUGCGCCUGUCUCGCUCUACCAGGGCGAUGCGCGCGGCUUCGGGUUCGGUGCAGCCAACAAAGACACCAGUUCCCCGUCCAGUAGAGUCAAUGUCGAGGAGGAGGAGGAGGAGGAGGAGGAGGAGGAGGACAUGGGCAUGAGACGCGCCGUAAACGGAGACUGCAGGAGAGACACGAGCUCGCCCUCACUUCUCUCCAAACAGGACAAGCAGACAGGUGGCUCGGACACACCGGAGGAGAAACGAGCCAGCACUGCGUGUCCACCUUACGCCGCCAUGGACGGAUCAAUAGCGCCCGUAGGUGCCACCGAGCCGCCGGAUAAGAAGGACCCGCGGGUGGCGUUUUCCAGCCCGGCGCAGACAGGCGCGCUUUCCAAAGCCGAGGACGGACCGACAGCGGUGGAGGAUGGAGAGGUUCGAGACGCGCAAAACUACAUGCAGCGCCAGUUCAGCUCCAUGCUGCAGCCCGGGGUCAACAAAUUCUCUCUCCGCAUGUUCGGUAGCCAGAAGGCGGUGGAAAAGGAGCAAGAGAGGGUCAAAUCAGCCGGGAACUGGAUCAUCCAUCCGUACAGCGACUUCAGGUUCUACUGGGACUUCACGAUGCUGAUGUUCAUGGUUGGCAACCUGAUCAUCAUCCCUGUGGGGAUUACCUUCUUUAAAGACGAGACCACCACUCCCUGGAUUAUCUUCAACGUGGUCUCGGACACUUUCUUUCUCAUGGACCUAGUGCUCAACUUUCGCACGGGCAUCGUCUUCGAGGACAACACAGAGAUCAUUCUUGACCCCAAAAAGAUCAAGCAAAAGUAUUUACGGACCUGGUUCAUAGUGGACUUCAUCUCAUCUAUCCCAGUGGAUUAUAUUUUUCUCAUUGUGGAGAAAGGAAUCGACUCUGAGGUUUACAAGACGGCGAGGGCACUGCGGAUUGUCCGUUUCACCAAAAUCCUGAGUCUGUUGAGACUUCUGAGACUUUCAAGGCUCAUCCGCUACAUCCAUCAGUGGGAGGAGAUCUUCCACAUGACGUAUGACCUGGCGAGUGCAGUCAUGAGGAUCUUUAACCUGAUCGGGAUGAUGCUGCUGCUGUGUCACUGGGACGGCUGUCUGCAGUUUUUGGUGCCCAUGCUGCAGGAUUUUCCCUCUGACUGCUGGGUCUCACUCAACAAGAUGGUGAAUGAUUCAUGGAGCGAGCUCUACUCCUUUGCCCUGUUCAAGGCCAUGAGCCACAUGCUGUGCAUCGGGUACGGACGCCAGGCGCCAGAGAGCAUGUCUGAUAUCUGGCUCACCAUGCUGAGUAUGAUCGUGGGAGCCACCUGUUACGCCAUGUUUAUUGGCCAUGCCACCGCUCUCAUCCAGUCUCUGGACUCAUCACGCCGCCAGUACCAGGAAAAGUACAAACAAGUGGAGCAGUACAUGUCCUUCCACAAACUUCCAGCGGACUUCCGGCAGAAGAUCCAUGAUUACUAUGAGCACAGAUAUCAGGGCAAGAUGUUUGAUGAGGAGAGUAUUCUAGAGGAACUAAAUGAGCCUCUGAGAGAGGAAAUUGUCAACUUUAACUGCCGUAAACUAGUGGCCUCAAUGCCACUUUUUGCAAAUGCUGACCCCAACUUUGUGACAGCCAUGCUGACCAAGCUGCGAUUUGAGGUCUUCCAGCCGGGGGAUUACAUCAUUCGUGAGGGGACCAUCGGCAAGAAGAUGUAUUUCAUCCAACAUGGGGUCGUGAGCGUCCUUACCAAGGGAAACAUCGGCAUGAAGCUCUCUGACGGAUCCUACUUUGGAGAGAUCUGCCUGCUGACUCGUGGAAGACGUACUGCCAGUGUUCGAGCAGACACCUACUGUCGUCUGUACUCCCUCUCUGUUGACAACUUUAAUGAAGUUUUGGAGGAAUACCCGAUGAUGAGGAGAGCCUUUGAGACGGUGGCCAUCGACAGACUCGAUCGGAUAGGCAAGAAGAACUCAAUCCUGAUGCACAAAGUCCAGCAUGACCUCAACUCUGGAGUCUUUAACAACAGUGAAAACGAGCUGAUCCAGGAGAUCGUGAAGUAUGAUCGGGAGAUGGUGAAGCUGGUGGACCUGCAGAGACCCAGGGCUAUGUCGGCAACUCAGUCUACCCAUGGUACCCUGUUUCCUUCUCCCAGUCAGCCUCCAACCAGCUCUGCAAUUGCCACUUUGCAGCAGGCCGUAGCCAUGAGCUUCUGUCCGCAAAUGGUCAACCCUCUGGCAGGCCACGGAGCUCUCCAGUCACCCCGCAUGGUGCGUCGUUUCCAGGUGGUGCAAAGCCUCUCUAGUCCUGGGACUCAGCAGACCCCUGCAGGCUCUCAGUUUUCCACCAGUGCUCUUCCCUCUGGUCUCACCAGCACUCCCGUUCAGAGUCCAUUGGCCACUGCUGGUCGAACAUUCCAGUACGGUGCCAGUACUAUGGGUGCACCCUCGGGCUCCCAGCUCUCCCUGGUGCAGCAGCACAUUCCCAGCCCAACUCAUCGAGCAGCAGUUCCCAGGAGUACAAUGACUGCAGACGCCAGGGCUCUCUCAGCCUCCCAACCGUCUUUAGCACAUGAUAUUGUGCAGCCGGCUGCUCCAAGCCCACCCCAGUCUACAAGAGUCUCCUCCACUUCCAUUGGACCACCUCACAACCUGCCAGGACCUGGGGUCUUCAGAGCUGCCAUUUCUCCAAGGAUGACACUUCAGCACCAGAUGUCCGUAGGAGCUUUUCCACCUGCCUCUCUGCCACAGAUGAGGCCAAGCCUGGACUCUGGACUUCCCAAAAAGGAUUCAGUAAUCAGCCUUCCAGACACGGACCAUCCAAUAAGAUCCAGAUUAUCUUCCAACUUGUGACCUUGCUGAAGCUGGUGGUUGAUGACAAUGUUUAAACUGAACGUGUGAGGGGGAUCUUGGGCAAGUACUUUUCUCUAGUCCUGGUCACUCUGGAUGUAGACAGACCUUCCAGCAUACUAUUAACUAUAGAAAAUCUGUAAAAUUGAAGAGUACAUGACUCUGAUGUUUCUGUUGUAUCUACAAGCAUAAAUAUCAAUGUAGCUUCCUCCCACACAGUUUGCCUUGUCAUAAUUGCUUUCUUUAUUGUGGUCGUCCUCACAAACAUUGCAAUUAAUACCAGUUCCCGACUAUACUGUAGUUCAGAUAAUGCAAUGUGGAGUGAGCAAGGACACAAGUGAAAGCCGAAAUGCUUCUUAUAAAACUGUAACUCUUUAUUACAAAAGUGUUUUUGCAUACUGCCUCCUUUUUACGCGGAGUGGUUAAAAAAUAGCAUUUUGAGCUACGAUUC